AUGGAUGAACAGUGUGAUCCUAAUCCUUGUUUCAACGGAGGUACCUGUAGCAGCAACGGAUCAUCGUGUGGUGAUUUCACCUGUCAAUGUGCAGGUUGUUACACAGGCAGAAACUGCUUGACAGAGGUGCAUGCUUGUCAAUCUUCACCAUGUUUGAAUGGUGGCGAGUGUCAACUGGUACAAGAUUCAUGCUCUCAGUACACAUGUAGAUGCCAGGGUUGUUUCUCGGGAGAUAACUGCCAAACGUUGCUUAAUCCCUGUGAUAUAAGCCCUUGUAUGAAUGGAGGAACUUGCUUCAGAGAAGGAGGAACUUCAUGUAAUGUAUCAGCCUGUAUCUGCCCAUCUUGCUUCACUGGAUCAUUCUGUGAAAUUGCAAUCAACGCAUGUAUGGAUAAUGGUAACCCAUGUAUUAAUGGUGGUACUUGCCAGCUAACCCAAGGAUCAUGCACAUUGUUUGAAUGUCAAUGCCCCGGUUGCUUUACUGGCUCUACUUGCAGCACACUACUCGACCCUUGCCAGAACAAUCCAUGUUUCAACGGUGGCCAGUGCCAGCAAGUCUCCUGUACUGACUAUAUGUGUGAUUGUAUAGGAUGCUGGACUGGGGAUAGAUGUAUUACGUUUGUGGAUCAAUGCAACCCUAACCCUUGUGCCAAUGGAGGUGCCUGUAGUAGACUACCGGGAUCCUGUACUAAUUACACCUGUUCAUGUCCGUUCUGUUACACUGGAGAUACCUGCCAAACAUGGAGAGACCCGUGCGACAGUUCACCCUGCAUCAAUGGCGGACAAUGUUUAUCAACUUUGGCUUCUUGUACGUCAUAUCAAUGCCAGUGUUUAGGGUGUUUUACAGGAGCACAGUGUGAAAUAGGUAAACUAAUCUCUCCCUCACCUUCACUUUUUAAAGAGCCAUUCUUAUAA